AUGCGUGACGGUAGAAUGAUGCCCGACUCCAAGGGCCUCCUGGCUACUGUUCCGGGAGCUGUCAGAGCCUGGUUUGAAAUGAUUGAGCACUUUGGAACUGGGAAGCUUACAAUGGCCGAGUUGCUGGAACCUGCGAUUUGCUACGGAGACGAGGGCUUUCCUGUAGGAAUAACGUGCGCUGCAGAAUGGAUGACACUUCAAUCCCGGCUUAGAAAGAUACAUGGUGGGCGGGUAUUUCUAAACCAAGAUGGUUUAACCCCAUUCCCAGGUGACGUGUGGAGGAAUGCCUCUCAGGCUGCACUUCUAAAGAGAAUUGCAUCAGAAGGUCCUUGCGCAGUCUACGAGGGAUCUGUCGCUCGAAAUAUUGUCGGUGCCGUGAAGAGCGCCGGUGGCGUUAUGACGUUGGAUGACCUCCAGUUUCACAUGAAGUCGGCGGAUUCAACCAUUUUACCAGCCAUAUCCACAACAUAUCGCGAAGUAACUGUUCACACAACUCCUCCGCCAAGCCAAGGCGCUGUGCUACUUGAAGCUCUCAAUAUUAUGGAGGGGUUCGACGUCGCAGGUCUUCAGUCAAAGCCUUCCGAGUUCCAUCAUCUUAUGCUCGAAGCAUUCAGACUGGCGCUCGCCGAUGGCCUGUUAGAUAUUUCAGAUGCACAAUUUGCGUCUAUAGGCAGAAUGAUCUGCAAGGAACACGCUAAAAAGAAACGAUCUCUCAUCAGCCAUGAAAGGGCAAUGAAGUCCUGUGCUCCAGAAGGACUUCCCAGACUGAAUCAGGCGGGUACCCUGGUCGCCGCCGCCGUGGACACUCAGGGAAAUGCUUGCUGCUUAAUCAGCAGCACGGGCACGGCGUUCGGCUGCGCCGUCGUCCCUGAACACGGCUUUCCAAUACAGGGGCGAGGCAUGGGAUUCAACACCGUGCACGGGCAUCCAAACUGCGUAGCGCCACGCAAGAAGCCGUACCACACUCUGAUGCCUGUUCUGGUGACCGACACGCGCUCCGGAAAGCUUUUGGCCGUCAUGGGAACCCAGGGGGCUGCCAUGCAACCGCUGGCAAUUCUUCAGGUACUUUUGAGUAUGAUCGACCACUGUUUAAAUCCCCAAGACGCGGUGACGAAGCGACGAAUGAAAAUUGGAUCGAUUACGGAUACGCACCCGGAUGACGCGCUUACUAUCGAGGAGGACAUGGAUGCAGCGAACAUUGAAGGCCUUAAAGAGAAAGGACACCGUGUCAAACACAUCCUUAAUGGUUGGAAGCGUUCGUACAUGGGUCAAGUAGAAGUUGUCGCUAAGGAAGAAUUGUGGAGUGGCGAGACCAAGCAAUCUGAAGAGCAGCAGGCGACUGCCGAAGUCCUGUGGUGUGGGUCGGAUCCUCGAUGUGGCGGUGGGGCUGUUGCUUACUAG